AUGCUGAAGGACUCCGCGGAGAAUGAGGCGGCUCUUUGCGAGGUCGUCGACGUCACCGAUGAGGUGAUAGCGUCGCAAAGAGUAGCACUAGGGAGGCCCGCCGAGGAUCCGAUUUAUGCGGCACGUGGCGAAUUCAUGAUGGACGACACCAGGGAGAACGUGGCAGCUCUUCCCGAGGGCUGUGCUGCUUGUGAGGAGUUGGCGCUUGCGGAACAUACAGGGGAGGAUGAAGCGAUGGUGGACAAUGAGACCGCAGAGGAGCCAAUUUCUGUCGGAGGUCGUGACGAAAUCGAUUCAUCACAGGCGUCGACCUUAGUGUUGUCACGUCCAAGUCCGUCAGGAGUGUUGGAAAUUCAAGAUCCGAUCGUUGCUCAUGAGCCAGUGGUAGAAGAAGAAGAAGAAGGAGACUAUUAUUCGAUAUCGCCGAUGGAUGAGACGGUAAUAUUCUCGUGGCAGCAGACGCCCAAGAGUGGGAUAUUCACACAAAUGAGUUAUACACCGCCAGCGAUGGACGAGGAUAUUUUUUAGGGGAACUGAUCACGGGACCUUAUGCAAACUGCUGGUCCGUUUCGCGUAAACGAGGGCGCCAGUACCUUGGGCGUACAGAUCGGCGGGGGUACGGUCUGGAGGGCUCCGACUUAUGAUUCCGAUUUGGCAUUCGAGUCCGACGAUGACAAUGACGAUGCCGAUGACGAUGACGAGACACAGACAGCUUCCGACCUGACAUUUGAAUUCGACGACGACGCUGACGAUGGCGAGACAGAGGGUGCUGACUCUGGAAACGCGGGCAGAGAAUCGGAGCGGGAGAGUGAAGCUGCGAGCGAGACGGAGUCAAGUCAGGCAUCUGAGGACGGGGCUGCGUCACUGGGUAACCGUUUCACGGUUAUCGGUGAAUCAGCGAGAUUUAUUCGUAAAUUCGCGGUGACAGGGCGUGAGUUGCGAAUGAAAAUCGCGGCCCCUGAAUCGGGUGUUAAUCCAGUGGAGUGGCUAGAGAACGUGUUCAGAGACCCGCAUGCGUAUGCUGUAGCAACGUGCCGGAGUAGCGAUUACAUAGGUUUCACGUUUAGCGCGGAGAGUUUUAAUCAUGGUCCUGCGUGGUUAUCGUUCCGGCCGGUGGGGGACUCGCGGCACAGUGACCUCUGGAAGUUAGUUUUCAGCGUAGCCUAGGGCGCAUCAGAGUAUUACGUUGACAGCGUCUUCACGGUACACAGUGUUGGAGUACUGGAGGGUCGCGGAAAGCCGAAGCCGAUUACGCACGCGAGGGUACUUGAAAAAUCCGUCGUGCAGAUUGUCAACAGUGACGGGCUGCGUUUACCUCGCGCCCUCCUUGUAGCCAAGGUUCACGCCGAGAGAGUCCUGAACCGCAGUGGCGCUAUGCACGACCAUUCCGAGAUGGUGAGAUUCGCUAGAUCUAGUUGAUGAAUGGAAGGUUCCCGUUGGCCACCCGACGGUCCACAUUGGAGAGGAGUGUAAGCUCUAGUCAGGGUCGAGCGGUUGCGACAUCACGCGAGUUGAGGGGCUCAUCAAGUGCAGAGUUUUACCGCCUCGCAAUCUUUAUCACCCUGUUUUGCCGGUGCGCAUGCAUGACAAAUUCAUGUUUGCCUUGUGCCACUCAUGUUGUCAGAGUUGGAAUCAGGACGAUUGUAGACAUGAUGACGAGGCUGCGCGAGAAUUCGAGGGCACGUGGGUGUCGUUCGAAUUGAAAAAAGCCGUGGAAAUGGGAUACAAGAUCAAGAGCAUACGCGAAAUCUGGUCUGGUCGUAUACGGUGACAUCGUUUGACCGGACUACUCGUCAAGGUGGGCAUUUCGCCGGCUACAUCGACACCUUCCUCAAGAUUAAGUAAGAGGCAAGCAGCUGGCCUGCUGAAUGCGAGGACAAGCCGGCUCAAAUACGCUACCUUGAUGAGUACGAGCGGGUCGAGGGUAUACGGCUAGAUCGCGACCGUAUUGCCAAGAAUCCCGGCAUGCGAUCAGUUUCUAAAUGAUGUCUAAACUCGUUUUGGGGCAAGUUCGAGUAAAGCGAGAAUCUGGUGAAAACAGAGGUUAUAAAGACGCGUCAGCAGCUGCUCGCGCGGACUUUACGAAGAAAUUACAGACGAUGCGACUGGAACGACAGACUGCUUCAAAGCCUCAAUUCUGAUGUAUGUGGACAAUUUUGUAUUAUGUUUAUGCACUUUAUGGCUGCUGGUUUUUCUCUGCGGGAGUUUCUCAGUAUAUUUACUCCGGACCUCAACAGAAACGAUCGUAUUGCAGAAUUAUUCAACCACCGAAUAGUCCAUGUCGCAAAACGCAAAAAUAACACCACCAAUUUGAAUCACAUUUAUCCUAUAAGUUGUCUUCAAUGUUGCACCUCUAAGAAUUGUAAUG